UUGACAUGUAUGGAAUACACAUCAAAACAGCAACAUUUUUAAGCAAGCGCCAAGAAUUCUGAUUGCUUCAUGCCUUGACUCAAAGGCUUUGGAAAGUACCGCCCACCAGUUCGCUAGGGAUUUUGAAUCAGUCUCAUCCCUGCCAGGUUUUCCCAGGUGCUUUCAAAAGUGGGCAGGAGGCCUUGGCCCUGACUGUGACCCGCAUGCAGAUCAGUCUCAGCAACUCAAGUCUUGUCUUCCACCUGGAGCAUACAGCAGCUCAGGGUCCCAUCCAACGAGGGGCUGUGCAUGUGUCGCAACUGCCUGUCUGUGUAUUAGCCUGGAAAAGUGACCCCAGAGACGUUCAUCUCCUAGCCAACUGUCUGGACAAAGCAGUCACCCAUAGUCUUAAAACAAUGCAGAAACUUCCCUCUUCUCACUGUGAGCCUGAAAACGUGCAUGGAGCAGAGGCCUCUUCGGAUUCCAAUCAUUUUCUCUUUCCUCCCGGUACGGGCUGCCCCAAGCUCCAGAAUUUGCUGGGGAAGGCUCCCAGGAGGUGCCUGGUGGUAGAGUCUGUGGGGGACUCUGGACAUUCCUCUUUUCCUUCCCGGAGAAUUCCGCGCAGGUGUCUCUGAGGCACAGGCCGGGUGAGGCAAGGCCGGCGCCCCUGCGCGGCUCUCUAGCCCUUCAGCUUCUGUGCCCCAAGGUCAAGAGGUGGCAGAAACCCGCAGGCCUCCCUAGGACACCUGGGGCAGCCGCCCAGGAGCGUGCCGUCUUGCCCCUCCCCCGCAUGCUGGAGAACCCAGCCCAGUGUAGGACCACUCAGUUGCCUCCAGCAAUGUCUCAUUGUGUUCUGCACUGGUGACAUCACACAGAACCUGAAGCCCAUGUCAGCAGACAGCCAGCCUACCAGAGGUCAUAAGCCAUCUUUGCGGAGUACUUCCUUCCAGUGCUACUUGUGCUUUCUUCUGAACAGUCAUUUAAUAACGGAGGCUGGCAUUCACGUCUUUGUUUGGGGCUGCAUCAGUGCAGGUCUUCCUAAAACAGAAGCCAGUUGGCAUGAUGUAAUACAUGACUUGAAAAGAAUUGAAAAUCUUAUUCAAUCUAUACAUAUUGAUGCUACUUUAUAUACUGAGAGUGAUGUCCAUCCCAAUUGCAAAAUCACGGCAAUGAAGUGCUUUCUCCUGGAGUUGCGGGUCAUUUUACAUGAGUCCAGAAAUGAGGCCAUUCAUAAAACAAUAACCAACUUGAUCAUCCUGGCAAAUAGCAGUUUAUCAUCUAAUGGGAAUGUGACGGAAUUUGGAUGCAAAGAAUGUGAGGAUCUGGAGGAGAAAAGCAUUGCUGAGUUUUUGGAGAGUUUUGUACACAUCGUACAAAUGUUCAUCAACACAUCUUGAUUGCAGUUGAUCUUCAGAGCUUCUCGUAUUAGCAAACAUGGUCCCAUCGCUUACAGCCAACCACACACCGCACAGGAAGUGUGUUGCCAACACAAGUGUUUCUAGCAAGAAGUUGACCAGCAUGCUGGAUCAGAUGAAGUCAGAAACAAUGUGUGUGCGCAACAUCGUUACUAUGAACUUUUCUGAGACUUUUUUUUAAUUUAUUAUUAAAAUUUUGCAUAUUUGUAAUAUAAAAUGUUCAAUAAAAUUAUA